GAGCGCUCAGAGGUGCGCGAGAGAGAGGGACUGACGAGACCGCGCUCUCGCUGCCGGUGAAGUAAUUAUGCAUGUUGGCAGACAAAGUGCGGUGGUCACAAUGAACUUGAGAUAAAUUAGUUUCUUCCUUUGCAUCAUUUCACCAUGACAACGGACUGAGUGGAAGCCUGCCAUGGAGAGGAAUAACACCACACAAACUCUGGAGCUGGGAGAAUGUGAGCACACACUGGACACCAGUGCGGCACUGGACAAUUGUACGGAAGCUGCCAGUGGGAACCUAUCUUUACGUUGCUGGCUGCAUUUGUUGACAAAGGAGUCUAGUUCAACAUUACAAGGUGAUGGGUCUAGUUUGGCUGUGCGUGUGAUGAUCGCCCUCAUUUAUUCAGUGGUGUGCGCUCUGGGGCUUGUAGGCAACUCUCUGGCGCUCUACCAGCUGCACUCACGCUACCGGCAGAAGCAGUCUUCUAUCAACUGCUUUGUGAUGGGUCUGGCUCUAACUGACCUACAGUUCGUCCUAACCCUACCGUUCUGGGCCGUAGACACAGCGUUGGACUUCCGCUGGCCAUUCGGCAAAGUCAUGUGCAAAAUCAUCAGCUCAGUCACCACGAUGAACAUGUACGCCAGUGUCUUUUUCCUGACCGCCAUGAGCGUGGCCAGGUACUAUUCCAUUGUGUCCUCGCUGAAGAUGCACAGUCGCCGAGCAGCGGCGGCUGCGGCCAAGUGGAUCAGCUUGGGCAUUUGGGUCGUAUCCCUGAUAGCAACCCUCCCACAUGCAGUUUAUUCCACGAUAGCCCAAGUUGCGACAGACGAGGAGCUGUGCUUGGUCCGCUUCCCUGAAACGGGAAGCUGGGACCCACAGUUGCUGCUAGGACUGUACCAGUUGCAAAAGGUCCUGCUUGGGUUUCUGAUCCCACUGGUGGUGAUCACCGUUUGCUAUCUCUUACUUCUAAGAAUCGUGCUAAGCCGUAGGAUUAGCGGCGUGGCUGGCUCCGAAAGUGAGCAGGGGCGGCACAAGCGGCGCUCGAAGGUUACCAAAUCGGUUGUGAUCGUCGUCCUGUCGUUCUUUUUGUGUUGGUUGCCCAAUCAGGCCCUGACUCUGUGGGGCGUCCUUAUUAAGUUUGACCUGGUGCCCUUCAGCAAGGCCUUCUACAAUGCCCAGGCAUAUGCUUUCCCGCUAACUGUGUGCUUGGCCCACACAAACAGUUGCCUCAACCCAGUGCUCUACUGCCUGAUUCGCCGCGAAUUCCGGGCCGGACUCAAAGAGAUCCUGCUGAGGGCCACGCCAUCCUACCGAAGUCUUGCCCGGCUGCUCCCACGCAAGGCCAAAGUAGCCGAGGCCCCUCCUGUACUGGUUCUCGUGCAGAUGGAUGUUUGAAAAAGCAGAUCCUUCACGUUCAUCUUUGUUUUUGAUUGACAGGACGAAGCAGGCGUGAGGAACGUCCUUUGGGAGCUGCCCCACUUUCCCUUCCACUCGUUCAGAAACACUUUUGCGCAUUUGUCUUUCUCAACUUCCACGUACCCACAUACUGACUGCUUUCACAUGCACCUCCGGUCAUCAGAGACACUGGGGAAUUCAGGACCCAUUCACCUUUGUUUGCCUAUUAGUUGCACUGCUUAAGGAUUUUUUCCCCGAGACAUCCUUCAAGGGAGCGAUAAAUUAUCCAUGUGUGUUUUUCAGGCUUUGAAAAAAGAAGAAAAAAUUUUGAGAUGUAGAGGAGUCUAGUCUUCUCUCAUUUUAUAAAAAAUAAAUGUAUGCAGGGGAUCACUGGUUAAACCAUCAA